GGAUUCCGGAAGUGGUCCCUUUUAAAUUGUCGUCAUUUCCGGCGACAUUACGCGCUUUCGUGAGAGGCAGAGGCAGUCAUGGCAGACGAGAAACCAAAGGAGGGUGUAAAAACAGAGAACGACCACAUCAAUCUGAAAGUUGCUGGGCAGGAUGGCUCAGUGGUUCAGUUCAAAAUCAAGAGGCACACACCCCUCAACAAACUGAUGAAAGCAUAUUGUGAGAGACAGGGGCUAUCAAUGCGUCAGAUUCGAUUCCGGUUUGAUGGGCAGCCAAUUAAUGAGACUGACACACCAGCUCAGUUGGAAAUGGAGGAUGAGGAUACAAUUGAUGUAUUUCAGCAACAGACUGGGGGCCUGAUGUAAAUACGGACCACUGCCCUCCAGCAUCAUGUCCUCCUCUCUGUCCCCGGCAUUUCUUUUAAUAGGCUGACCUCCUUCCACCUUGCCAAAACCUGCGCUCUAAAAUGCCCAUCAGCUGUCCCAAAUCGGAUGAAUGGCUUUCUUAAAAUAUAUUUGUGUAAACACUGAUGUAUUUCAUGUGUUAAGACUAAAAUGCUUUUGAUCAGUCAUCAGAUUUGGUAUUUAGAACUUAGGUCAGUGUCGGUUCUAAAGUACUGUUUUGUUUGCUCAGAGCCAUUGGACUUUUUAUAAAUAUUUUAUAUAUGUUGAUGUAUUUCUCUUUUGUACUCAGGCUAAUUUUAUUUAGUGACUUGUGUUGUGAGUUGAAAUGUUGAUAAGAUUUUGUGUUGGAAUAAAAUUGUUUUACAAAACAA